GCCAAAGUUGUCAUCGGCUGCUUCUCUUGACGUGGAUCGGCAUCGUUGAAUGAAGUGAGUUGGCGAUGAAAGACGGAGCACCGGCCGCGGUGGAUGCCUGCAAGGAACCGCGUUAAGUGCAACUUUGGAAACCUGCGGGUAGCUCCAGCAACGUCAACCGUCGACUUGGCCCAGGUCGUAGUUAUCUCUCUACGUUGAUUCUGCGAGGAACUGCGACCAUGAAUAACGAACAAUUUCGGAAACUUUUGGGUGCCGAAUCGGGAAAAUCCCGGUCUCCGAGCAAUGGAACGUCCCAGAGCAACGCCAGUUCAGCCGCGUCCGGGGCGUUGGGAUCGCGACAACGAUCGAGCAUUCCCAUGACUCCGCGCUCUGUUGGGAUUGGAAAUAGCCGAAACGAGUUUGCGCGGCAGCUUGCUGCAAGAAAUCAAGAGACCCAGCCGCAAAAGAAAUUUCGCACAUCAACACCGAAAGGAUCGAGACUUGCGGAGGGCUAUGUUGACCGAGCACGAGACCGAACCGAAGAGGAAGAAGACGACCGCGCAAAGCGGAUAAAGGCGCUAGAGGAGGCGCUGAAGAACGAAGAAAUUGACCAGGCGACAUUCGAGAAGCUUUCUAGCGAAAUCGCCGGAGGAGAUCUUUCGAGCACGCAUUUGAUUAAGGGCUUGGAUUUUAAACUCCUGGAAAGGGUGCGAAAGGGCGAAGACGUCUACGGAGACAAAGAAGGUGGUGACGAAGAAGAGGAGGUUCCGCCUGAGGAGGAAGUAGACGAAGCAUUUGACAAGUUGGGGGAGACAGAGGUGCGGGCCGUCGAAAAGGAAAAGGCGAAGAAGAAGGGCCAGUUCGCACCCGUGGCGCUUGCUCCCGGGAGAAAGAGAACCCGAGACCAGAUUCUGGCCGAGUUGAAGGCCUCGAGAGAGGCCGCCAAGGCCCAGCAGGAAGCCGCGCUGGGCAACAAGUUCAAGAAGAUCGGCGCCAAGCAACAGCCUGGGACCCGCAUCGAACGAGACAGCAAAGGUCGCGAAGUCAUGAUUAUCGUCGACGAAGAUGGCCACGAGAAGAGAAAGGUUCGCAAGAUCCAAGCAGGCGCUGAGGAGGAACAACGUAAGGAGUUCGUCCCGGACAAGGACGCGAAACCGCUAGGCAUGGAGGUGCCCGAGUUCUACAGGAAGAAGCAGGAGGAGGUCGAAGAAGACGACAACGACGACAUCUUCGUCGAUGCAGGGGACGAUUACGACCCGCUCGCCGGGAUGGACGAUAGCUCCGACGAGGACAACGAAGGCGAGGUCAAGGACAAGACAGAGGUCAAGGACAAGACAGAGGUCAAGGACAAGACAGAGGUCAAGGACAAUACAGAGACCAAGGACGAGCGCAGCGCCGACACAAUAGCGAUGCCACCGCCACCACGGCCGGCGCAGGCCCGCAACUACUUCAAGGACGCAAAGACGGAGCUCAUCUCGUCGCAGACCCUCAAGGGCCCCUCAAUGUCGGACCCGGCCAUCCAGGCUGCUUUCAAGAGGGCCGCACAACUCAACGCAGCGAACAGAGAUCAGGGGAACGACGAGGACAAGGAAGACGACCAGGAGGCCAGGGCUCGGCGGGAGCGACACAAGAGAAUGCUGCAGAGCGCGGAUCGGGACGCCGAAGAUUUGGACAUGGGCUUUGGCACCAGCAGGUUCGAAGACGAGGCAGACUUCGACGACGCUCCGGUCAAGCUUUCGGAAUGGGGCAACGAUGACGACGAAGGGGACGGCAAGGGCGGCAAAAGCAAGAGGAAGAGGGGCCCUAAGAAGAGGAAGGGCGAUGCCAACAACGCGGCCGAUGUGCUCAGGGUGAUGGAGCAGCGGAAAGCGGCGAGCAAGUCGUAAUCUUAAGCGGGUGACGGGGGAGAGUCACGCAUGCCCGUUGCUCUCGAAGCCACCAUUGUGCAACUAGCUUGCUAUUUUGCCAUUAUGGGAUGUCACCCGCCAGCACACUCCAGCCAUUGUCUGUACAAAUUGAUACCCUCUACGCCACCCCCUCAAGAUGGCCAGCGCGCUCGCAUCAUACACAAGUACAACACGCACGCGCACGCGCACGCGCACACCAUUGCCCAAGCACGCUGCCAGGGCUACAACUGCUUGCGUACUCCCUCCCUGGACACCGCUCCCAUCGUGCUAAUUCCUGCCAAUGCUUUUAGGCACCGGUGCAGAGUAACCUUUGCGGCGGCGGUUCC